AUGAUUAGGGCAAUUGAGGAGUAUCUGUCUAAACAAGAAGAUGGGUAUUUGUCUGAAGAUGACCUAGAUGUCGAGAAAUCUGAUGAUGAUGAGCACCACGACGCUCAUGAAAUUACUACAUUGCUAAAAGAGGAAAAUACAGCUGAGAAUGAUGAAGAUAGUACUGCUGAAGAUGAUCCUCUUCUUAUUGAAACCAUAGAGGACUACUGCUCAGGAAUAUACUUAGCCAAGACCAAUUCGGAUCGGCAAUUUCGGAACGAAGUAGCGUUUGUUAUACGUGACAAGGACAUUGUUUUACAAGCUAAAAGAGGACGUCCUAGUCUGAGUAUAUUGGAGCAAAAUUGGAGGCAAAGAGAAGAAAAGGUGCUGUAG